AUGCAGCGGUUUCUCGACCAGGACACUCAAAGCACUGUUCUCGCGACCUGUUACAGUGUUGAGCCGUCGACCUCUAAGGUCCACGGCUUCCACUACUGCACUACCCCGGGCGCCGGAGCACAGUGUCCUCCCCACGAUAUCUCCGAUUCCAUCGCGGAACGAACCUGGCCUGGAAACAAUUGGCCAGAAUACACGGGGGAGGCAAUGCAUACCAUUCCGGAAGAGUGUGAGAGACUCUUCUGUGACAAACUGUCUGCGACAUUCCUGGGUGAGAGGAGUUUCGUGCGACAGGAGUCGCUGGGGAUGGAUGCGUUUGACAAUCAGCCAAAUCAAAUCGGACACCAAGGUGGCCGAAUUCAGCGAUGGAUCGAAGUAUUGGACUACUCAGCGGAUGCUAUCUAUCGAGGAUUUCUGGCCGAGCAUGAUAAGGAGCGGACUUUGUUCGUCUUCUUCGAAGAUUGUGUGCUUGACAACGGCCUCAAAUCAGGAUUGAUCGCUCUUUAUGAACUUGCCGAUAUUGCCGCAUUUGGAUGCUCCCAAAUAGUUGCCUGUGUCAGUCGCUCGCAGCGUACAGAUGAGAUGGAGUUAGUUCGAAGCUUAGGAUGGUGUGGGUUCAGCCUCACUACCUUAGCACCCUGGGUCACCAGCGAUGAUCCAGGGCCCUGUCUGAGCGACAGAUGGCUUUUCUUGGUUGCUGAAGUCUAG